AUGCGUCUUACUCCGUUCCUACUCGUGGCAGCAGGCACGGCCAUUCCUGCUAUGCUCCGUAGCCGGGCAGUUUUACUGAACGCCCUCCUUCCCGACAUCUCCCUCCCCAUUAACUACUCUUUCGGCGUCCGCGUACCAACCUCCUCCAACCCAUCAUCCUCCAACCCCCUAGCUCUCCUCGUGAAUGGCUACCAGGUUCAGAUACCGCUCAUCGCUAAGUCAGGAACUCUCGUCUCGUGGAUAGCAAACUACAGAGACGGAAAGUCAUAUAACACACAAUUCACUUCCAUCAACCCUUCCGCGCCCAGAAACAUCACGACAGACUCAGAAUCCAUCUCCCAACAAGGCGGAAGUAGCGUUACAAACGCAACAGCAUUAGCAGACGGCCGACAGGCUCGUGUCGUCACUACAUCUUUCUCUUCUGGUAACGCCGCAUCUGCCGCUGCCGCUGCCCUCGAUGGCACGACUUCGGAUUCCACAUCCUCAUCAGGAGCCUCAAACAGCACAGCAGUCGCUACCUCAAACGCGGUAGGCGAAGUCCUCAUCCUGACCUCUGCCAAUACCGCCAAUGCCCUGAACUCGCAAUCUAUCAAAAACGCUCAAGGCGCCGAAGCAGCAUCGUCCUGUGCCGCCGACUCUGGACCUGCUGCAUCUACACAAGCUGAGCAGGUCAACAGUCUUUAUAUCCCCAUUGGUACCUCACCCGGUGGCAAAGAUACCUAUUGGCUGAAGAGUUCGGCUUAUGCAGCGUGUGCGGCGGGAGUGGAUGCACCGAAUCAGGGGGGUAGUUCGAGUUCGGGUAGUCAGGCUAGUCUGGCGGUUGUGAGCAGUAGUGUUACUUGUAAUGGGGUGAACAAGUAA